UGCGGCACCUGGCCGUCGUGGCCGCGCCGCCACGGCCCGCCGCGCGCCACCGUCGCUGACAUGGGCAACCAGGCGACCAAAGAGUACUCGAAAUACCACCGACACGCGGACGGGCGCAAGAAGAACGUGCACUGGGAGGAGGCAGAGCGCCCCCAUCCACCCGGGCAGCCGCUGCUCGUGCCCGCCAGUCCCGGGGCGCAGAACGACGUGGUGACCAUCCGCUGGGACCCGCCGAUCAGCGAUGGAGGCUCUGCCAUCACAGGCUACCUCGUGGAGCACCGGCGCACGGGGUCCCCGCACUGGGUGCGCGCCACGCCCGGCGCGGUGCCGCGCUGCCAGCUCACGCUGUCCGGGCUGGAGCCGGGCUGGCGAUACCAGUUCAGGGUGGCCGCCGAGAACGCCGCGGGCCGCUCCGACCCGUCUGCGGUGUCCGAGCCUCUGACGGUGACCCUCGCCAAGGGCGUGGCCACGGCGCCGCACUUCUCCAAGGAGCUGCAGGACACCGUCGCGCUCGAGAAUGAAAAGGUCGAGCUGACGGUGCGGGUGACGGGCACGCCGGCGCCCAAGAUCUCGUGGUUCAAGGACGGGCUGGAGGUGUUCUCCGGGCGGCGGUCGCGCGUCGUGACGGACGGCGAGGGCACCGUCAUCACCAGCACGCUCAUCAUCCACCAGGCCGCGCUGGCCGACGAGGGCGAGAUCAAGUGCGCCGCCACCAACCGGGCGGGCCACGCCGUCACCAAGGCCCGGCUGAGGCUCGAAGCCCCGCCGUCCAUCCGGUUGCCGCGCCAGUACGAGGACGGGCUGCUGUUCGAGCUGGGCGAGGUGAUCCGCGUCAAGGUGUCCGUGGCGGGGCGGCCGCCGCCCAGGGUGUCCUGGCUGCACAACGGCGAGGUGAUGCGGCCCGGGCCCCGCCACGAGAUCACCACCACGGACAAGGGGGCCUCGCUGCGCGUGUCCGAGGCCCGGCGCUCCGACCGCGGCGAGUACCAGGUGCGCGCCGUCAACCAGCUCGGCGAGGACGUGUCCGCGUUCCUGGUCACCGUCACAGAUCGGCCGACGCCGCCCGGCAAGGCCAUGGUGGCCAUGACGCUGGGGAAGUCCGUGACGCUGAACUGGGGGCCGCCGGACGACGACGGUGGCUGCAAGAUCGGCAACUACAUCGUGGAGUACUACAGGGUGGGCUGGGACAUGUGGCUCAAGGCGGCCACGUGCCGGCAGCUCACCACCACGCUGGGCGACCUCAUCGAGGGCUCCGAGUACAAGUUUCGCGUCAAGGCUGAGAACCCGUACGGUGUGAGCGACCCGGGCGACGAGUCCGAGACCGUGUUCAUCCCCGACCCCAAGAGAGGGAUUCACGACCCACCGCAGCGCGGCGCCGACGGCUCGGAGCAAGGCAGCGACUGGUGGAACGACCGAAAGCGCCGCAGGGACCCCGGAGCCGGCGCGAGCAGCGAGGACACCGACGACGCCCUGGACGAGAAGAAGGCCCGGCCGGACGGCGCGGCCACCGCGACGGGCAGCGCACCGGCACGCAAGCGCGCGGCGCCGCUCAGCAUGGACGUGGAGGACGUGUCACCGAUCCCGUCGCCAGUGCCGCGCGUCAGCCGCGCCACGGAGAAGUCCCUGUCACUGCCGCGGACCAGGAGCGCCGCGCCCGGCGCCGCCACGCCCAGGGACGCCGGCGCGCCCGAGCCCCCCAAGCGGCGCAACCGCAGUGUGCCGCGCAGCGGUGACGUGCGCGACGACUCGGUGUCGCCCGAGCUGGACUCCAUGGGCAGCUACUUGCCGACCUCGCCGGACGAGAUGGGCGUGGUGAAGGGCCGCCUGUUCGGCAUCCACCUGUCGACGGACAGCGUGCGCAGCAAGCACGCCCACGCCGGCAUCGAGGAGGAGGUGUACCCCCCGUUGGCCAGCCCCAGGCCUAGCCCCGCGCGCAGCCCCGUGCCCAGCAGCCCGCCGACCAGCCCCAGCCCAGGGCUCAGUCCCGGCCGCAGCCCGCGGCGCAGUCCCAUCGGGGGUGGCGAGGUGACGGCCAGGCCCGAGGCCAAACCCGAGGCCAAGCCCGAGGCCAACGGCGUCCUGGACCUGCGGCAGGUGGAGGAGUACGCCAACAAGUACGAGGCCAAGCUGAUGGAGCUGGAGCGCCGCCAAAGGGAGCUGGAGGCACGAGGGCGGCAGCGGCAGCUCGAGCUGGAGGAGGAGCAGAAGAAGGAGCUGGAGAGGAUGCGGAAGGACAGGGAGUGGGAGCGGGAAAGAGAGAGGAGCAGCCAGCUCGCUCGCAACAAGGAGGCCCCUGCCAAAAAGGAAGCGGGCAAGCCCACCACCCUAAGCGCCACCCCCACUGCCACCCCCGCUGCCGCCCCCGGACAGGACAGGCUGUUCCCGAGGUCGGAGGACGGGUCCGUCACCGGCGACUCCUCUGAGUUCCUGCUCGUCCUGCUGCCUAACAGCCGCGCCACCACCGAGGAGAGGGAGACUACGCGCUCGCAGACGGUGGCGUCGCUGCGGGACGGCGUGGACGCGGACGGCGAGCCCCCGGUGGCGCCGCCCAUGUCGCUGUCGGCGCCGGAGCUGGGCGCCAUCGACCCCGACGUGCCGUUCAUGCGCAACGCCGUCAGCUCGACGGAGCUGCUGCACGAGCGGGCCAUGGCGCGCUUCUACCAGGAGGUGGCCGAGGAGGAGGCCGAGAAGGCGCGCAGGCGCCGCAUGAGCAUCGAGCGGCGCGUCAGCCUGGAGCGCCGCCUCAGCAUCGAGCGCAAGAACCGCGAGCGCCUCAAGGGCCGCAUGGACUCGGUGGACGAGGACGCCGAGGACGACCUGCCCGUCAACCUGAAGCGCUUCGCCACGGCCAGACCCAGCGGCGCCGCGCCCGCCGCGCCCGCCUCCCCGCUCCAGCCUCGCCUCGGUGCCGCCAAGGCCGAGCGCGUCCUCACCUCGGAGGAGCGCGAGCAGGCCGACUUCGCGGCGCUGCGGGACCGCCUCAGCAAGGCCACCAAGAGCGAGCCCGCGGACUCGGCGGCACGGCGCAGGCGGGAGCAGGACCUGGAGGACGAGAUGGAGGACGAGCUGGAUGGCGAGGAGCUGGGUGAAGAGGAGGAAGACGAGGACCUGGAAGAGGAAGAAGAAGAGGACGAAGACGAGGAGGAUGAAGACAGCGAGCUGGAGGAGGAGGACGUGCCGCUGGGGCGGUACGACGACGACCAGGAGGAGACCUACCACCCCCGCUUUGGCGCGCGCCUUCUCAGCGAGCAGGACGACACGCCGCCCACGCCGCCGCCACACCGCAAGGCGUCCAGCCCGGAGCCGGAAGUGCCCCUGUUCAUCCCCAGGGCGGAGACGUACACCACCAUGACGGAGCACGACAACGUGGCCAGCGUGCUGCUCACCAAGCGGCACUCGCCCGUCAAAGGCGACGUGAAGCCCAAGCCCAUCCUGAAGAAGCGCGGCAGCAUCCGGAAGAGCAAGAGCCCCGGCAGCAAGAGCCCCGGCAGCAAGAGCCCCGGCAGCAAGAGCCCGCAGCGCCACAAGAGCCCCACGCAGGGCCUCAGCCCGAUGAUCAAGAAGAAGGACAAGCUGGAGCGGCGCAAGAGCACCGACUCGGCGGACAGCGACAAGUCGGAGAAGCGCCGCGGCAGGAAGGCCGAGGAGGCCGUCGAGGCCGUCGAGGCCGUCAGAAUGCGGCCAAAGCCAGAGCGGCCGCCCCCCGACGACGACAAGGCCCCGGCCGUGGCCAGGGAGGCCAUGGCGACCGCCACGCCUGAGGCCAACCUCGGCAUCUCUGCGGCGGAGGCUGCACGCAGCAAGCGGGGCCUGUCCACCGCACCGAGGAGGGACUCCCUCAAGGACGACGCCACCAAGGUGGUCAUCAGCCACUACAGCGACCUGGUGCGAGAGUACGGCGCACAAAAGCCGCAGCAGCCCAAGUACCUGCUGUCUUACGAUGAGAUUCGGGCGCGCGCCGAAGCCGACGCCGACGCCGACGACAGCGGGUCGACGGAAAGGGUGGGCCCCGCGGGGGCACAGCGCGCUGUGCUUUCGUCGACACCGGCCUCGACCACGGCGCCUCCCACCACGCCGACCUCGCCACCUGAGCCAACCGCCACGCUCCCCGUCUCCGCCAUCACCAGCAGUAGCGUCCGGGAGGACCUGCUUGCUCGGCGGGAGUCGAGAAGGGAGCCGUCAGUCUCGAGAAAGGAGUCCAGGAGAGAGCCGUCCGCGGCCAGGAGAGACACCGCCGCCUCAAAAGCAGACGGCCCCGCCACAAGGGACGUCUCUGCGUCUUCCAGCAGGCGGCGAGAGCCGUCGUCCUCCAGGACGAGGGAGCCUUCCGUCGCCAGGAAGGAGCCAAGCCGAAGGGACGCGUCCACUUCGCGGAGAGAGCCCUCCGUGUCCAGAAGGGACGCGUCCGUGUCCAAGAGAGACGCGUCAGUGUCAAAGAGGGACUCGUCCGUGUCAAAGAGAGACGGGUCCGUGUCCAGAAGGGACGGGUCCGUGUCCAGGAGAGACGGGUCUGUGUCCAGGAGGGAUGGGUCCGUUGUGCGCCGUCCAGGCGGCAAGGAAGCCCUGGGCUACCACCCCUACCACCGCGACAGGACGUCGGCCGAGAGGUCGCUGCACCGCUCGCACACGUCGGUGGCCAGCAGCACCUACAGCGACGACUUCAGGGCGCGCACGCCGGAGGAGGAGCAGGAACUGGUGCGGCGGGCGGAGGAGAACGUCAAGUCCACCUUCCGCUACGCCACCGACCUGGGCAUGCUGGUGCUGGCCGUGUGGCUGUACCUGUUCCGCAGCGAGCUGCUCGCGCUGCCAGUGCUGGGGCUGCUCGUGUACCGCCAGGCCAAGGAGGAGGUGCGGCGCCGCGUGCGCGCGCCGGCCUGGCUGGCCCGCGUGUCGGCGCGCGUGCGGGCACUGGGGGCACUGGGCCGGGGGAAGGCCACGGCCACGGCCACGGACGCUGCCGGCGCGGCAACUAGGGCUACAAACCCCGCGACCCGGUAAAAAAAAUAAAGAGUAAGGGGGAGAGAGAAUAAUGUUAUGAGUGUGUAUUAUUGUGUAUGCUGAUGUUCCUGUUUUGUUUUUCUUAAAACUCCAAUAAACUUUUUGAGGGUUUCUCAUUAUUAUAAAACUG